AUGCAUCCCGGUUCAGGAGGGGGAUCAGGGGCUCCGCCCUCCCCUCAGCAGUUUUGCCUCAGGUGGAACAACUAUCAAAGCAACCUCACCAAUGUCUUCGACCAGCUUCUUCAGAGCGAGAGUUUCGUCGAUGUCACUCUUGCAUGCGAAGGGCACUCCGUCAAGGCUCACAAGAUGGUACUGUCAGCAUGCAGCCCCUACUUCCAGAGCCUCUUUUUCGACAACCCGUGCCAGCAUCCGAUCGUCAUCCUCAAAGACAUCAAGUGGCCUGAGUUGAAAGCAGUUGUGGAAUUCAUGUAUAAAGGUGAGAUAAAUGUGUCUCAAGAGCAGAUAGGUCCGCUUUUGAAAGUGGCCGAAUCGUUGAAGAUCCGCGGCUUGGCGGACGUGAAUGGUGAACAAGAUCUCGGGAAGGGGUUAGAAGACGUCUCUCUGUCAAGAAAGAAGAGGAGGAGGAACUCGACGGAGCCCUGCAGCCCAGAGGACAGUGAGCCGCUGGAAACGAGGGCCCUCGAGCUGGUGACGACUUCGCCGCCGACACCGCAGCCUCCGCCGCCCCAGAACCAGCAGGGCGUAGUCCCCCUGCCGCUCGGACCACCGCCUCCACCACCCCCUGUACAGCAGGCACAGCCGGAAGACAUGGAAAUCAAGCCGGGCAUCGCAGAGAUGAUCCGCGAGGAAGAGAGGCCCGGACGCGAGGUGGCGGGGAAGAUGUCGAGGCGGGAAAGAGACCGCCGGCCGAAGAAGUGGAAGGUGACUCCAACGCCAGAGCCGAGGGUGGCCUCAGCCUAUUAG